AUGACUUUGCAUUUCCGGGAGGACCGUUUUGUUUACUAACAGUCCUCCUCCCUGUCAGCUCGGGCACACUGCUCUGGAUGGCUGUGCUAUGUACAGUCAUCCAGAGCAGUGUGAUUACAGUGAAACACAUCCCCCCACACAUCCCCCAGUAAAACACUCCCUUCGCACAGUUAACCCUUUGAUCGAUGCAUAUGUUAACCCCUUCCUGCCCAGUGCCAUUAGUACAGUGUCAGUGCUUUUUUUUUUAGCACUGAUCACUGUGUUUGUGUCACUAGGGAUGUCAGUGACACCAAGUCAGUUCCCCCCAGUGUCAGAAUGUCCACCGCAGUCCCGCUAU